AUGGUGUGUAUAAUCAGCAACAAAGAGAGAUUGGUGGCCAACGGAUUUAGUCAUAUCAAAGGAAUCAAUUACGACGAGACUUUUUCCCCUGUUGCUCGUCUUGAAGCCAUCCGAAUCUUUCUCGCCUAUGCAGCUCAAAUGGACAUUAAAAGUGCCUUUCUCAACAAUGAACUGGAUAAUGAAGUAUGUCUCGAGUGGGACAAGGUCCGACUUGCAUCCUGUCUUUUGAAGGGCAGCGCACGUGAUUGGUGGGAGGAGGUCGGACGUGUCAUCGGGGAUGAUGCAGCUCUUGAUGCUAUGACCUGGAUGGAUUUCACGACCAGGUUCAGAGCCGAGUUUGCACCUAUUAUUGAGGUGCAACAGCUUUCUAGGGAGUUCCAAGAUCUCCAACAGACAACAGAGACGGUGGCGGAGAUUACCGCCAAGUUCAGGGAGAGGGCUCUCCUCAUUCCUCAGUACGCGGAAGAGGAGGAAAUGAAGAAGGAUCGUUACCAUGAGAUGUUAAGGAGUGAUAUCAGACAGUUUGUGAGCCGUUCCAGAUGUAAAACGCUGGAUGAAAUGAUUGCGAUGGCUCGUGAGAAGGAGAUCGAUUUAGAGACGGAGAGGAAGAGGAAGCCAGAGGUAGUAUCUGGGUCAGGGAAUUCGGGCAAAAAUCCCAAGGUAUCCGAUCACAAACCUAGGGGAAAGCAGAGCCACAUUCGGUGUGGCAAGUGUGAGAGGUUGCACGAUGGAAUGUGCAAGGCAGGGAGUUCCGGCUGCUACAAGUGUGGUCGGACUGGGCACAUGAGCAAGGAUUGUAUAGCUACUACUACUAUGUCUCCCACCUCAGCAUCUGAUCUGAUUUGCUUCCAUUGCAAUCAGAGAGGACACAAGAAUUCCUAG